AUGAAAAUAUUUUUUUUAGGACCUCUAAAACCUGAAUUAACAAUAAAAUCAUUAGGAACUAUAGUUAUUUUUCUACUAAAUGGUUGUUCAAUACGUGGUGAAGAGCUUUAUGAAACAAUUCUUCAAUAUCGAACUCAUUUAUUUAUACAAAUAUUUUCAUUUCUUGUUUGUCCUAUUCUAUUUACAAUAUUAUCGACAAUCUAUCGUUUUCUAACAUAUCAGUAUCAACUUUCUAUUGGAAUAAAAGCAUUAGGAACUCUCCCAUCACCAGUAUCGACUGCUGCUUUUGUUGUUCGCGCUAUUGGUGGAAAUGAAGCAAUUGCAAUGUUAAAUUCAACAAUUGGUAGUCUAUUAGGAACACUAGUCACACCAAUACUUCUCUACAUCAUGCUUGGUGGAUCAUUCUCCGGUGAAACAAAAUCUUUUUUACAUGUACUUAUAUCACUUUCAAGUACCAUCUUGAUACCACUUGGCAUUGGACAAUUAGCACGUAUUUAUUUUCCACUUUUUAUUAAUCGAAUGAAUCCAUAUUCCAAUACAAUUAAUAAUUGGAUAUUACUUUUGAAUAUUUAUACAACGUUUUGUCAGACAUUUAAACAACGUGGGUCAAUGAAUAUAACACUGAUUAACUUUUUUAUUCUUGUUAUUACAAUUUUUAGUAUACAAAUGUUUUUAAUUUUUCUACUUUUUUCUACUUGUCGACAAAUGCAUGUUCGUCCAAGUGAUACAAUUGCUAUUAUAUUUUGUGGUAGUCAAAAAUCAUUAACUACUGGAAUGCCUAUUUUACAAAUGAUUUUUCCUGAGAAUACUUCAAUAACAAUUCCUUUGUUAAUUUAUCAUCCAAUGCAAAUUAUCAUAGGAAAUUAUUUAACACCAAAAUUUCAACGUUGGUUAAAAGAUGCAAAAUAUGAAUGGCAUCAUCGAAUAAGUGGAAGAGUUUAA